AUGAUCAGCAUUGCUCUGAUAUGGGGGGUGGUGGUGGCCCUGUGCUGCAUCCUGUGGCUGGCUUUGGGGAUACGACGCAGGCAGCUUGGAGAGCCUCCGGUGGAAAACGGAUUCAUCCCUUACCUCGGCUGUGCUCUGCAGUUCGGGGCCAACCCCCUCCAGUUCCUCCGUAGUCGCCAGAAGAAGCACGGUCACAUUUUCACCUGCAAGAUCGCAGGCCAAUACAUCCACUUCCUGUGUGACCCCUUCUCGUACCACUCAGUCAUCAGGCAGGGGAGACACCUGGACUGGAUGAAGUUCCACUUCGCAACUUCUGCAAAGGCGUUUGGGCAUGACAGUUUCGACCCACGCCACGGGAACACCACAGAGAACCUCCAUCAAACCUUUCUGAAGACGCUACAGGGUGGAGCCCUGCCCCCACUCAUAGAAACCAUGAUGGGUCACCUUCAAGACGUCCUGCUGAACUCUGACACCCUCAGCCACAACAAGGACCAGUGGCAGGUGGACGGCAUCUUUGCCUUCUGCUACAAGGUGAUGUUCGAGUCUGGCUACCUGACUCUUUUUGGCAAAGAACUCGGGGAAGACAAGUGCCAAGCUCGUCAGUCGGCGCAGAAAGCGCUGGUGCUCAACGCUUUGGAGAACUUUAAGGAGUUCGACAAGAUCUUUCCGGCGCUGGUGGCUGGUCUGCCCAUCCAUGUCUUCAAGAGUGCCUACAGUGCCAGAGAGAACCUUGCAAAAACCAUGUAUGCUGAAAACCUGUCCAAGAGGCAGAACAUGUCGGAUCUCAUCUCGAUGAGGAUGAUUCUGAACGACUCCUUAUCCACCUUUAACGAUGUCAGCAAAGCCAGGACCCACGUGGCUCUGCUGUGGGCGUCUCAGGCCAACACCCUGCCCGCCACAUUUUGGAGCCUCUUCUACAUGAUCCGGAGUCCGGAUGCCAUGAAAGCAGCUCGCCAGGAAGUACAGAAAGUCCUAGAGGAGUCAGGUUUAACCACCAACCUGAGGGACUCCACCCUGAACCUGACCCGGGACCAGCUGGACAAAAUGCCCAUCAUGGACAGCAUCAUCAAAGAAGCUAUGCGGCUUUCCAGCGCCUCCCUGAAUGUGCGUGUCGCUAAGGACAACUUCCUGCUUCAACUUGACAACCAGGAGGCCUACCGCAUCAGAAAAGAUGACGUCAUCGCCCUGUACCCGCCCCUACUCCACUACGAUCCAGAAAUCUAUGAGGAUCCAUAUGAGUACAAGUUUGACCGUUUCCUAGACGACAAAGGUCAAGAGAAUAACAUUUUCUAUCGCAACGGGCGGCGGCUACGCUACUUCUACAUGCCCUUUGGCUCCGGAGUGACAAAGUGUCCCGGGAGGUUCUUUGCCGUGUACGAAAUCAAGCAGUUCCUGACUCUCAUGCUCUCCUUCUUCGACAUGGAGCUGCUGGACUCUGCCGCCAGAGUCCCGCCUCUCGACCAAUCCCGCGCUGGUCUUGGAGUCCUUCAACCAACGUAUGACGUGGACUUCAGAUACAAGCUGAAAGCAAACCAUUAGGUGUAGUCUCUGCUGGCCAGAAGGACUGAACUUUUGCUGUACAUAGUGUAAAUUGAUUCACGCUCAUGUAAAUAAACCCAGUUCUAUUUUUGUUCA